AUGUCUACCGACAGGAUUCAACUUGUUAAGGAAUUACAUAAACCGAUUCGACGCAAUUAUCCCCGUCAACGAACAAUAAUUAAUGGUCUUGAUGACUUAUGGCAGAUGGAUCUAGCUGAAAUGAGACCUUAUGCAAGACAUAAUAGAGGAUUUAAAAUGAUUUUGGUAGUUAUCGAUUGUUUUUCGAAAUUCGUGUGGACUCGUCCACUCAAGACGAAAACAGCCGAAGACAUAACUGGUGCAUUUUCUAGUAUUAUCAGAUGCGGUAGAAUGCCAAAAAAUCUACAAUCAGGUCAAGAAACGGAAUUUUACAAUACUAAAUUUAAAACUCUUAUGAAAAAACAUAAUAUCAAUCAUUAUAGUACGUUUAGUACACAGAAAGCUGCAAUUGCAGAAAGAGUUAUUAGAACGAUCAAAAUGAAACUCUAUAAACAUUUCAGCUUAAUUGGGAAAUACAAAUGGAUCGAUAUUUUACCUCAAAUCACAAAGGAAUACAACAACACGAAACAUAGUAAAAUUGAAUAUAAACCGUCAGAGGUGAAUCAAAGUAACGAAAAAUUGAUUUUAAAUAAGAAAUUCAUUUAUUUGAAAAUCGCCGGACCUAGAAAGUUAAAUGUAGGAGAUAUUGUGCGAAUAAGUAAAGCGAAACAUACUUUUGAAAAAGGUUACACUCCAAAUUUUACAAGUGAAUUAUUCAAAAUUACGAAAGUGAAAAUAACGAAUCCUGUAACGUAUUUAAUAGAAGAUAUGAAUGGAUCACCUAUCAGAGGUUGUUUCUAUGAAGAGGAAUUACAAAAAACCAAAAAUCCCAACAUUUAUCUCCUUGAAAAAGUAUUGAAGAGGAAUCGUGAUAUAAUUUACGUCAAAUGA